CGUCCCGAACCCAAAUCGUCAUUCUUGUAAACACACGUGCUAGUGCAGUAGACGGAAAACUAAACUAUUUUACUACGAAUAUUUCAGUGUAAUUUAGAUAAUUUACCAUGAAAAAUAAUAAAAAAGCGUCCACAAAGAGUGCUAAAAAGACGGUCGAUGUGGUGGACAAAAAGUACGACCUGAUCAAAACCAUUAACGAAGAUGAAGAAGUUGAGGAUCUGUCGGAGGAAUCGGACGUUGAGGUUGAGUAUCAACCCACCAAACUGAAAAGCCAAAAGAAAGGCGAUUUCGACAACGAUUUCAAAUUUGUAUCUUCGGUGAGCGAGUACAAUCACGACACCUGGGAUGACCUGAUGAAGUACGUCAAGAAAAAGAACCGCGGCAAGGUGGACGACAAGAUUGCCAAUGUUAUCAAGGGCCGGUCCAAGGAAAACGCGGAAAUGUUGGAAGAAGCGGACGAUCACGACCCCAAUUCGUACCACGAUGAAGUUGACCUGUCGGAUGAUGAGCUCAAGCACGACGUCAUGAGGGUGAAGGAGAAAAAGGGCCGAAAGCGAGAGGUUCCUACCGACAACAAGGUCGAGAUCGAAGACGAGGAAGAUGAGCCACAGGACUUUUUCGAAGAAGCUGGCGGCAAUGAGGAAAUCUCCUCGUUCUAUCAGAUGAACCUCUCUCGACCGCUGAUGAAAGCAAUCGGAGUGCUGGGCUACAUCUACCCUACCCCAAUCCAAGCGGCCACCAUCCCUAUAGCUCUCUUGGGAAGGGAUAUUUGCGGUUGUGCCGCGACGGGUACCGGAAAGACCGCGGCCUAUAUGCUUCCCACGUUGGAACGGUUGCUGUAUAAACCUAGCGCGGCCCAAGCGGUUACCAGGGUGUUGGUCCUUGUGCCGACUCGAGAACUGGGCGCCCAAGUCUAUCAGGUGUCCAAACAGCUGACGCAGUUUACCAGCAUCGAAGUGGGCAUUGCCAUCGGAGGUUUGGACGUGAAGGCCCAGGAGGCCGUGCUCCGGACAAACCCGGACGUUGUGAUUGCCACGCCAGGUCGUCUGAUCGAUCACAUCAAGAACACGCCCAGCUUCUCGCUGGAUUCCAUAGAGGUGCUGAUCCUGGAUGAAGCCGAUCGUAUGCUGGACGAGUAUUUCGCUGAACAGAUGAAGGAAAUUAUCCAAAGCUGCAGUAAGACACGCCAGACGAUGCUGUUCUCCGCCACAAUGACCGACCAGGUGAAGGACUUGGCAGCGGUAUCACUCACGAAACCGGUCAAAGUUUUCGUGAACAAUAACCAAACGGUGGCAUUCAACCUUCGGCAAGAGUUCAUCCGUAUUCGUGAGGGCCGUGAAGCGGAUCGAGAGCCACUGCUAGCUGCUUUGAUCUGCCGUACAUUCCACGACCAUUGCAUGGUAUUUGUACAAACCAAGAAGACGGCACACAGACUGAGGAUUCUGCUUGGGCUGCUGGGGGUCAAAGCUGGAGAGUUGCAUGGCGAUCUGACCCAGUCCCAGCGGUUGGAAUCCUUGAAACAAUUCAAAGACGAACAAGUGGAUGUCCUGAUUGCAACGGACGUGGCAGCACGUGGCUUGGACAUCAGUGGCGUUAAAACUGUUAUCAACUUCGUGAUGCCAAUUACAAUGGAACAUUACAUUCACCGAGUGGGACGAACAGCCCGUGCUGGCAAAGCUGGCGUUUCCGUUUCGCUGGCCGGAGAACUGGAGCGCAAAAUCGUUAAGGACAUCAUCAAAAACGCAGUCAGCCCCGUGAAGAACCGUAUCAUACCGACGGAGAUUGUCGACAAGUAUCGGAAAAAGGUGUUAGCGUUGGAGGAAGAAAUCGAGAAAGUCCUGUACGAAGAAAAGGCCGAAAAAAUGCUGCUCCAAACGGAACAACAACUGAACAGAACGGAAAGGAAACUGAAAGGUGUCGCUAGUGCACCCGGCCGCGAGUGGUUCCAGACCCAUCACGAACGAAAAGAGGAGAAGGAGCGCCUUUCCGUGAAAACGGCUACGGAAGAUAACACAAAACAGAAGAAAAACAAGAAACGAAAGCGAGGCGAUGACAGUGAGGAUGAAUUCGACCCCAUCAAAUAUCAGCAGCAGAAAAAGCAAAAGGUAGCCAAGAAGAAAACAGAGGCCAACAAAACGCCCAGCCAGUUGGCGAAGGAGCGUGCCCUGCAGGAGCUGACCAAGGUGUCCCUCGUGCAAGCCAAGCUAGCCAAAAUCAAAAAUCGACCGACACGCGUUACCGCAGCUGCCGAUGAUGAUGAUUUUGGAAAAGGCAAACAGAACGCCGGAAAGAAGAACAAAAAACGCCUGUCUCGCUUCGAGAAGGACCUCACCGACACGAGCAAGAAGGGCGUGAAGAAAUUACGAUACGAUGCCACGAAGAAACAGAAAAUGGAUAAGUUCGACAAAGCCAAAAUGUCGAACAUGAAAAUGAGUGCGGACAAAUUCCGCAACAAAAAGGGCCUUAACAAAUCCAACAAGGGGAAAUCAUUUGGGCCCAAGCAGUCUAGGAAAGGAAAGCAUUGAUGUUUUAUUUUAUCAAAAGGAAUAAUAAAAUAUAAAGUUGAAAAAAUAAACAAG